AUGCUCUCCGCAUGGAUAUCCUUCGCGGCGUCCGUCUCCUACGGAAUCCCCUCAGUUUCCCUCUACCUGCUCACCUCGUACAUCAUCCUCAAACACCGCAAAACCUUCAACUCCUCCUUUUUCCAUUUGUACAUUUACGACGGCUUCAUGAACCUCUUCACCUACUUCACCGGCUUCUUCUCGAUGCGUCUGAGCAGUAUCACGUGUCGUGACUGCCUCUUUUCGCCGUUCUACACCAACGUCGGUCGCUUUUUCUCGAUGAAGUUCGUGAUCGCGAUGGGAUAUCACAUGGCCUACGUUCAGUACUCCAUCACCACUUUGAUCGCACUGAACCGGCUGUCGGUUCUGCUGAAGUUCAACGUCUGCGAGCCCGUGAGAGUGUUCCCAUAGCAACAAAACGUUAGAGUAUAAUUUCAGCUAUGGAAAAAGUACACUUGGAUCGCGAUUCUUCUCAUCUAUUUCCUUCCGUUCAUCAACACUGGCCUCGUGUUCAAGUACAAUGCACAAGUGGUUUAUCUCGACGAAUACGAGUGCUACUCGAUUGUCUCUUCGCAAUUGGUUAGCUUUUAAAAAUUGCCUGACCCAACCUGAAAAUGUUAAGCCUGUCCUCGAAUUGUACUCGGUGCUAAUCCCCUUCAUGCUCAUCACAAUCAUCAUUUCGGUGUGCUCGAACAUCACAAGUGUGUGCAUCGUCCGCAAUGUGAGCACCCAGAAAAAGAACCGCGCGGACGUCAACUUCCUCAUCAUCAUGUGCAUCACUUGCACGGUCCAGGUCGUCGGCACUGUCAUCAGUGUCUCGAUUCUUCACAUGGGCAGUUCCACUCUAAUGCUCAUACUCGCAAUGGUUCUUCCGUACGUCAGCGACGGUCUGUCUCUCGUCCAACCCUGGCUACUCGUCGCCUUCAGUCACACGGUACUAUUAUAGUUUCAAACAAAUCCUAGAAACUCAAUUGCAGCUGCGAGAAAAAAUGCGAUUGAUGUUCGGAUGGAAGCGAAGAGACAAUCCGGCGCAAAAUCCAAUGUUCGUUCAGCGAUCAGUCACAAACUAA